CGGUUGACGGAAACGGAACCGAGGUGUGAAACUGUGUGAAACGUUUUCGCUUGAUUACUAGCCGGUUAGGUUUUUAAACGAUAUUUUUAUAUCUCGACCAUCCAAAUAAUUUUUUUCACUAAAGGAUCGUCAAUAAAAAGCCGCAAAAAUGACGAUCGGAAAGAACAACAAGAUGUUGCAGCACAUAAAUUACAGAGUGCGAAUUAUUUUACAAGACUCGCGAACAUUCAUCGGGACGUUUAAAGCUUUCGAUAAGCACAUGAACCUGAUUCUCGGAGACUGCGAAGAGUUUCGUAAAAUCAAGCCAAAAAAUACAAAACAGCCGGAAAGAGAGGAGAAGAGAGUCCUUGGAUUUGUGUUGCUCCGGGGAGAGAAUAUUGUCUCUCUGACAGUCGAGGGUCCACCGCCUCCGGAAGAAGGCUUGCCGAGAGUGCCGAUUCCUGGUGCAGCGCCCGGUCCUGGAAUGGGAAGAGCCGCGGGACGUGGAAUGCCGGCAAAUGUGUCCGGUGUUCCGGCCGGACUUCAGGGACCUGUUCGUGGAGUUGGUGGCCCCUCGCAGCAAAUUAUGACACCUGGUGGCCGAGGUCAAGUUUCUGCUCCUCCACAAAUGCACCCGGGUGGUCCACCUCGAAUGCCGGGCGGCCCUCCACCUGGAAUGAUGGGUCCACCACCAGGCAUGAUGGGUAUGCCUCCCGGAAUGCCUCCAAUGGGACGAGGCGCACCUCCAAUGGGACCACCAAUGAGAGGCCCACCACCUGGUAUGAUGCGCGGUGGUCCACCUCCACGUCCUUAUUAAUUAACUCUAAUCAAUCACAAAUUACUGAAAUUAAGGAUCCUGUCUUCAGCUAUAAAUCACUAUAAAUCAACAACUUUAUUUCACAAUCUAAUUUCAAGACUGGUGAUUUAAUGCAUUUUCCAAAUGUAAUUUAUCUAUGUACAGCAUGUUUUACGAAUAUACAGUUCCAAAUUAACAGUA